CGGCGGCUGCGCGAAGGUCAGAGCCAAGGCCGGCAGUCGACGCGCGGGACGCCUUGCGACAGCGUAGCAAGCAGCUCCUCAUCGGCUCGACGUCGCCGCAAAAGCGCAAACGGCGCUCGCGCUGCUGCUGCUGUAGCCGCUCUAGUCGCCGCCGCCGCUGCCGACACUGGCUCGGGGAACGUACGCGCGCGCGUUCGUCAUCCAACCGCGAGGGCACCGAGAAGCUACUGCACCGCUCCCGGAACGAACGGACCUCGCGAGGUCCCCGUGCUCGGCGAUCCUGCUGCCACGCCUGUGGACGGUCUAGUCUCAACUUACUGACGCUACUGACCAGUGCUCAUUGCCACGCGUAAGCAAGCGACCUGAUGUGGACCAGUUAGGAGUUCGCGUAUUGCGAAGAACUAAGUAUAACCGGUGAGAAAAGGGGGCGUGUCCCACUGUUCCUCGAAGCGCGUUCCGGCGUUGCCAGCCUGUCCGCAACUGUCCAGUGUCGUAUACAGAAGAUCGACCGAGCGCCCGUGCUGCUUGCUGUUCGUCAUGGUGCUCAAACCUAGUGCGCGGGAUAGCCCGUAGACGGAGCGACGUGUGGUGGUGACUGCGAAUCUCUCUAGCGUCGGCCAAACUCCCGCCGUGUGUACGCCUCUCGUCAACAGUAGUCCAGUCCCGGACGCAGAACCUCGCCUACAGAAUGAUGCUCAACCAGACAGACCUCAUGGGUCCCCAUGAGUCCCCGUUCAGCACAGACGAACACUUCAUGUACGACCCGUCCGAGGAGGACAAGAACGCGUACUGCAACCUGCAGCCCAUCGGCCUGGACGGUUCAGACCACGUGACGCCCUCCUUACAACACAUGGACCUCAUGCCUCCCUCCAGGCCCAUACCUUACGAAGGCGACACGUUCCCCACGGACGUGCUGGACCUGGGCGAGAGCCGGUGGCAGAGCUUGCCCAUCCAGCACUGGCAGUCCCACGACGUGCUCGAGUGGCUGGUGGCAUGGACGAGCCACAACCAGGUGGAGAUCGUGGACGACGAGAUCAACAUGACCGCGUUCGCCUCCUUCACCGGCGAGCACCUGUGCCGCAUGAGCCUGGACGAGUUCCGCGCCCACGCGCCCUCAUACGGACACCGCCUGUACGAGGAGGUGCAGCGACACCUGGGGAACAGCACGGCAGCCGCGGCCGCAUCGCGCAAUGUCAUGGGAAUGUCGGACGCCUACUUCGAACCCGAGAAAUACGCCUUCCACCCUCGCUAUUUCGACACUCUGGAAAUCCAGAACAGUAGUCCUGGUUCUGAAAACGUGACGUCAUCGGGGUCCCCGGGUCUCGCGGAGUCGGACAGCGGCAGCACCAGCAGCAGCCUGAGCACCGUCAACGAGCGGACGGAGAACCUGUUUCCCUACAUGCCGCACGACACGCGGAUACUCGCCAAGCAGAUGCCCCCUCCCAUGCCCAUGAUGGGCAAAAAGAAAGGACGCAGGGGCAGGCCCCCCAUCAAAGAGGCCAAAGUGCGCAGCCGAGCAGGCAAAGGCAUGGGCAAGCUGUGGGAGUUCAUCCGCGACUUGCUGCUGAACCCGUCGACCAACCCGAGCCUCAUACGAUGGGAGAGGCGCGAGGACGGCAUCUUCAAGUUCGUCCAGUCCGACAAGGUCGCCAAGAUGUGGGGCGACCGCAAGCAGAACCCGCGCAUGACAUACGAGAAGCUCAGCCGGGCCAUGAGAACCUAUUACGGCAAGCAGAUCCUAGAACCCGUUCCCAAGGCCCAGGGGCUGCCGAAAAAGCUCGUCUACAAGUUCGGACCCCGUUCAAGUGGCUGGAGCGACAAGACGGACGGGACGCAACCUCUUCGCUCUCACACCUCCUCUCUGCUCACCCACUGACACGCACCCCCCUCUUUCCCUGCACUCACCAAGAUGACCGGUGACGGUGGUGUUGACACUCGCGCUGGUGGUGGUGACUGACUCUCGAUGGUGGUGGUGGUGGUGUCGAUGCUCUCAAAACUGACCUCCGCCCUCUACAUUUGUCACUUUGUGUGCUGGUAUUGUCAUGCGUGACGUAUUUCAUUGUGCUGACCUCUAGCAAUGUCUAGUUGGAAUGAAUCAGGCUGUGGCACGCGGCGCACCGACAGCUCUGCGCGACACGCAGCAUUAUUCCCGAGUUGCGCGCGUCGGUGGCGGAGCGCAUAACGGCAGAGGUGAAACAGCGUGUUUGGCAUUGUCGUCUUCUAAUGUUUAAGCAGUUUAGCAGCUGAGUUUGACACUGCCAUCGUGUCACGCGGGCAUGUGAACUUAAGCCUAAUGUGGUGCGCGUAAACGCCAAAGUGUCUGGUGUACGAAUUAGUGCCACUUGCUCGCAUUGGUCGUCCGACACGCUGAAAUGGACCCUUUAAGGGGUGUUUCUUAGGGUUUCCGCGGUAGUUGUUGUAGGAAAUAGCUUUUUCAAUUCGCUUCUGACCUGACGUUGGUAAUGUGUGCAACUUGUCCAUAAUUUGUUUGUGUGCGGGCGCAAAGAUCAAAAACUAUGUGAGAAAAAUCAUUUUGAAGGUCUCCUGGCUUUCCACCGACACUAGAUUCAGUGACUUGUUUGGAACUUCCUGCCAGCGAGCCUUCAGCAGAAAAAAAAAAAAGGUUGUAUGGGAACAGCUCGCGGCUCACAAAACAGAAAUGAACGUUAAUCCCGAAAGAUCAAGAACCCUAAAACGGCGGAUAAUACGUGGAGGCCGCUGUACACUAGCCGCUGUACAACAGUCGUAUCACAAGUCAUUGAGGUUGCUUAGCGUUUUCUACUGACCUAGAGCGCAAGGACCAGCUCCGGAUAUUGUCCCGUCACUACGUUAAAAGAGGGCAGUUUCAGUGCCAAAAAAAAAAAAAAAAAAAAGAGCAGCCAAGCAGCUCGACAGCAGCGCCAAGCAGCUCCACUGCUUUAGUUCUUCACAUGACCCCUUCACGCGAACUCGGCUGGUGCUAAUAUCGGCAGUGUUCAACUACUAUAUAAGAGUUCUGUACUGAUCAGGUUUCAACGCCGGCGGCAGAAAACUAUAUCUGAACAAAAUACAUCUGCAUAGCCGCAGAAAAACCUCACAGAGAGAAGCCCUCUAGUCCAUGUUAGGCUAAUAAUAAUGCGACGCUGUGCUCAAGCAGUAAUUACCACGCUCUUAUUUAGCUCAUAAACUUAACCAAAGAUGGUUUACAGGGUCCGUGCGGAUGAGCACCUGGGUUCUGUGUGGCCCCGAAACGAAGCCAAAUGUUAGCUCUUCGGUAGCGCAUUUUGCUGCUAGCUACAGAUAUUGUGUUAUUGUGUGUGUGUGUGUGUGUGUGUGUGUUCAAUGUGCCUCGUUUGCACAAGUUAAGUUCAUCCAAGCCCGUGGUCACAUGAUUGUGCUCUAGUCAUUACGGUCUGCUCAGCAUGUACUGGAAUGCCGGCGUUGUCCGCAACGUAAUUGAUGUUUGUAAAGUAGCAUGACAAGAACGACAAAAGAAACGACAAAGGACAACACAAGACGCACUUGUGUGUGUGUUUUUUUAAAUCUUCUGUCGUUGUUUUGAUCCAGCGCAGCGAACAUCCAUCACGUACGUGCAACCCGAAUUUUCACAAUUGGGCAACGUAUUUUGCAUUAAAUGUUGCUUCCUCUCGUGCAGUCGUGUGCAUCAUGUGAGAAAGACUACUUUUGUUUAAUAGCAGGAGUCUAUGUACGGUCACUUGAGCUGGCCUGUUAUCUCAUUUACGGUUCUUUUAGAUGUCGCGGUUGGUGUAGAUAUUUGCUCUUGCAGUUGAGCGAGCGAUAGCUGAAUUUUUUAGUUCUGAAGUGGCGUUCGCAGUGUUGUGCUUGUCUAACCUUGAAGCUCUGUGUGCUUCUCCCCUCCUUUGCUUUCACGCUUGGUUCCGUGGAUUCAGAUACUACUACAAAAGCCAGGUCCUCCUACCUGUGUUCGGCCGACGGCUCGUGUACAAAUUUGGCCCCAACGCCACUGGAUGGAGACCGUAAAGCUUGAAGGCUACAAGCCACUCGUUCUCUGCAACAACAACCACGAACAGAACCACAUCACGACUGCAGCCGGAACGACAGAGAACUUAUGUACCCGCAUGUUCGUAGAGUGCUGCAUAACUUUUUUUUUGCCCACUUUGUUGUUGUUUUGCAUCUUCUUACCGGAACAAUCGCUCUAGCGCGCGCCUGGCAAGCGUCAUUUUGAUGGCUGUCACACAUGCGCAUUUUUUAUCUUUGACAUUUUUUCCUCUCUGUUGUAACACAGACUCGACGUCUAAGACUCCCAUUCCUAUUUCUUUUUUUUGUUUUUGCCCCCUUUGCCCCAUUGUUUAUCACUUUGCAUCCUUUGAUUAUCGUUUAAUCCCUCUUUUUAUUUUUUGUUCAUUUGCAUCCCCUGCGAGUGCAUGUGUGUGUUUGUGAGCGUGCGCGCGCGUACGUUGUUCGUUUCAAAAAGAGUGUCACGUGCGCACGCCGCUUGGUCCCGGGACGGAGUAACGCGAAGUUUAACAAUUGUCGUUACCGUGACGACGGAGUUAAACAAUCGUCGUCACCGUGACGACGGAGGGUGAUCCUUCAGGGAAGUGAUGAACGAAACCGUCAGCGUUCGCGAACUUCUAGGAGUAUUGUUUAGGCCCCGAUAUCGUGGGAAGGGAAGGGGAGGGGAGGGAGGGAGGGUGACGAUGAUUCCGGCUGGUGCAGAAGUGGAGAGCGGUAAAAAAAGGCUUAGCAAACGUUUGGCAGACGCUGGCGUCUGUCGUCUGCUCGGCGCGUGCUCCGUGCAGACGACGCUAUACACGAAACGCUCGAGCUGAUUCGCUUCCGAGCAGACGACACAUGAGCGCUCGACGUUUCGCCGGUGCGCUGGAGGAUAUUCCGCUGCCAAACGUUGUGGAGCAGUCGUCGCGCAUGCUUUGGUAAAGCUCGAAGCGCUAGGGCAAACUACGCUUAAUCAGCGAUGCAGAGAAGGUUUCACGUAGAGUACACUAUGAUUCCUGACAAUGUGCAAUUCUUAUACCACUGCUCUAUUCAUUCCACUCUCCGCUGGCGUCGCUGUUUCAAUGGCGAACUAUAGCGUGAGGGUUUUCGUUCGUAUAAAGUUUUAAAGUUUACGUCGCUCUAGUCGUAAAGAAGAAGAGAAAAUAAAAAAAGCAAUAUUAUGUCAUCGUUCCAUUCCAGCACGUCUCGUAUAUUUCAACGAAAUGACGAUGCUGCAUGAAGAGUCGUUACGGCCGCUUACAGAAAUGCUGCUGAAAAAACUGUUUUAUCUCUUUUUUUUUGCCGACAGUUUGUUUAUGUGAAACACUGCGUAGAGCCUGUUGUGGUCUGUGGACGAGUUUCGACGUGUCAGGUUCGUUCAGUGGUGUUGGGCGUGUUGUGCAACUUUGUGCGUGUUGUGCAGUGGAGUUGUGCUUUCCCGUCAACUGUCGGAACGAAUGAUGGUGGCAGCGCGUCAAGUUAUUCACCAUCGUCGGUCAGACACUUGUCGGUAGACCGCAAUUGAAAUUGAAAAGGUCGUCAGUUAUGAACCUACAAUGAGUGGUUUGCAUUUUUAUUCACGUCAAGGCCUCUGCGAAGCAUUUCAUUAUUGUGCGUCUGCUCAAACGAAUUGCAGCACAAUCACUUCGACUUGAUCGGGGCAACCGGAUAAACAUAAGGAAUGAAAGAUCAGGAAAGGCCAACCGGUCACCAAGAUUGUGCGGACUGGUCAACAAAAACCUAAUGGCUUAUCACUGCUGCCGACGGCCAACGUGUUUCGAAAGAAAUCACUUCUGCUUCUUUGUGCAUACAUGUACAGUGUGCUCGACUCUGAAAGCAAACAACCAGAUGGAAUCUUGAUGUCGAUUACAGCUGACGCAUGGCAUGAAGGCCCGCAGGAGCCUAUUUGUGUGUCUACAUGUCUACCUAACGUGUCAUGUAAGGCAGUUUUUCUAGCGGAGUCGAGGCUGUGUUGCAGUUUGUCGGUUUUAUCUAAAAUUCUUCGUUCCCUUUAACAGUGGUCCAUACUGUACUUCCGAUUACUGCGAGGCGGCUCGUGAGAAGUCGUCACGUAUUUGUGGCAAUCUGAGUGCACCGCACGUAGAUACGCGGUGUGUACGCACAAACGAAAGCUGGUUCUCACCGGAACCGCGAGGCCUGUACAUUGUCUCCUCUGUCAUAUGUGCAAUCAUCGACGAAACAUACUCAUGUCGAGCAGUCAUUCCCUGCCCGGAUGUUCAUAUUAGCGCCCACGCUGCCGGUAACUUACAUGAUUUACUGGUUUUGUGUCAUGAAAUCUUUCUUAUUUUCAUCGCUCUCUUUCAUUUGUUUGCGAGCUCUGUGGGAGAAAAAAAAAAGAGGCGACAAGGAUUGGUGCGUCCUUAACGUGAAGCGACAUCCUGUACAAAGCCUUGUGUAUAAAGAUGCCAGAACAGUAUUUUUUUUUAUUCGAGUGUUCUCACGCACGAGCGUUCCAGGCAACAUCAUUCCAAGAUUUGUGUUAACACCCUUUCUUAUUUCGCGAGACAUAAAUUGCAUUCCCAUCUCUUCAACAUAACGCGUACAUAAUGUGUAUCCAGAAUUUUUUUUUUGUUGUCAGUUGUUCCUCGCCUUCGCCUUUUUUUUCCAAUUUUCUUUCUAGUAUCCUGAUGUGUUCGAACACAUGGCUACUAGCUACAAAGGAAGCAGCGGUCUCAGUUUCAAGCCACGAUAGAUCUUACAGCGAAACGCAAAUUUCAUCGCUUUACGAAAACGUAUUUGUCAUGCGAUGUGAAAAAUGACAGUACCCCGGGGGAUAAAAAUGCGCCCACGUCGUCGUCGCUGUCGCGGUGAACUUGAACUAAUUCGAAUUGCGUGUCAGGAUAUUUCACGAUCAGACUCGGCUAAAUUACGUUGCCUGCCACAUGAUAGGGUGUGCCAAUGUCUUGUUAAGUUGUGCGAUUGUACGCUCCACCUGUCUAGAUCUCUAAUUUUGUCUCGUAAUAUUUGCACAACCCCCCCCUUAACAGGAUUUUGACAUCUUUUGCAAGCGAUUAAAUUUACUUGUUCUACGCUGUUUCGGCAAGGUAAAUAUUAUUACGAGGCCUAAUGCAAACAGUUCACCGGUGAAUCACUGUAGUCUACAGCUUCACGUCCACUAUUAUUAAUCAUCGUAGUGCGUAUCGAUUACAUUGAGCUUUAAACCACGUAGGGAUGUACGAAUAGCGCUUUUUGCGACCGAAUCGAAUACAAAUUCAAUAGUGCCAAAAACGAAUCGAAUACGGGAAGAAAAGGCCUUGAAACGAAUCGAAUCGAAUGUCGAAUAUUUUUCGAAUAGUUUCCGGGUAAUGUGCAGUUUUGUCACCAUUACUAUCAAACUAUAUUACCAUCUCGUUAUUCAAUAGGAAGUUUCUGUCAUUGCGCAGCAUAAUAUAAAGCAUGCUUUAUUAAAAGCACGAAGGUAGUAUUAAAAAAUACUAAGCAGAUUGUUCGCAAACUCAGGAAUUUUUAUGAAAAUACGCGAUCAGGCAUUAUCAGGUUAUAAAUAUAACCUUAUGGACCAGUUAAUAUGUGAGUAUACCGUCGCGCCCUUGGUACAUGCGUGUCGUCUGUGGCAACGGCAGAGUGAAAAAAAAAAAGAAGCAUCGAAUUCGUCGCGAUUGGUGGUACCACUAUUUUAUAAAGCAUGCUGCAGUUAAGCGUAUUCUGAUUUAAUCGGAUCAGAGAACACUAUAAACAGUGCAAAAAUAUGCCCACUGCUGAUAGCCGUGUCUAAACAACAUUUUAUUCCCAGCUAUCGUGCUUAGCUGGGGAAGUCUGGCUGAGUCAGCGACGCAGCGUGCUCUAGCACGUUAUGUCCACUGUGAUCAUGUGAUCAAAAAUACCGCGUUUCCCGUUCAAUGUUAUGUUGGAUCGUGUGCAGUCGACUACGUAAGGUAUUCGAAAAGUAUUCGAAAAAUAUUCUAAUUUUCAAAUAGCGACAAUUCGAUUCGAGGACCUAAUCGAACAAUGACUAUUCUAUUCGAGGAACAAACUGAAUAGGACGAUAUUAGAUUCGUUAUUCCAAAGUUUCAAAUAUUCGCACAUCCCUAAAAAAAAAAAAAAAAGGUGAUCCUUAAAACAUUUGUAUGAAACCUGCUCUUUUUCGUAUCUUAACCUUUUAGCUAAUUGAGUGGGCAGUGUUGCUUCCUAAAUCAGAUGCCUCACACGGAAGCAACGGCUGUCAUUUCUGUAUUGUGGAACAGGCUCUGUAGAGCCGAGAACUGAUCAAAGCUGUCUCGAGUGCGUUUAAGGGGCUACGGGUUCCGCUGCUGAAUUUGUAUUGUUCUUUCAUCUCAUGAAAAAGCUCUGCAUCGGACAUGUACAUUUCUUACUGAAUACUCCCGCUCUGGCUGGUGCUUUACCAGCUGCGGCUGUUCUUUUGUAUCUUUCCCGGUGGACGUCACUGCGUUUUGCGAGUACUUAAGGAAAACAGGUCAAGGCUGAUGCUUGAAACUGUGCUCUUGUUUGCCUUGGCGCCGCAGUCAUGUCUUCUUUUUUUCUCUAUCGAUUGUUGUUGUGUGAAAGAGAAAGAGAGAGAAAGAGUCCCAAGUUGCUCAACAGUUCUCUGUUCUCUUAUAAACUCUUUCAGUAUUGACAAAACCAUUGUGCCUUCAAAAACAGAGACGUAAGAGCCAAGUGACUACCAUUGAAUUGUAAAGUGCACUUGAUGUCACGGGUCCGCUGCUCUUGAAACAUAAGCGUCAAGUUCCAACAGUGCUGUGACGUCAUCGUGCGCAACUGCCUCAGUUUGGAAGGGACGGUGCGUUCCAGCUGCGUUGGACGUCUAAAUGAUGCACUGUUGCACCUCACUCGCUGCUGUGUUUAUGGUCAAGUUUUCGUGCACACUUGCACAAAUAGCUGCCGUCACAGUAACCAGACCCGGUACGGCGCCUGGUCUGUCAUAUGAUUGGUAGUAGUAGGAGGAGCACUCCCUGAUACGCCAUUUUGAUUGCGUGGCAAAUAGCAAUUUGUCAAAGAAAAAGCAAUAGUCGCAAAAGACGUAUCUUUAGCACGUGCACACGCUAAAGCUCACAUUAAUGGGAAAACAUAUAAAAAAAAACGGGCAAAACAAAUAAUUGAAAUGGCUAAACGACACAAUCAAGCGUACAUUGCAAAUGUACAAGUCAGUAGUACUGGCAACACAUUCCAAAAGAAGUAUUUUAUAGUAAAGUAAGGGCUUAUGGUAAUAGUUGUGCAGUGCGACCUUUAUUAGCUCUUCACCCAUGUGGUUCUGCUCGCCGUAGCGCAUUAGUGGCGUAAACUGUGCGAUGCAGCAGUUAGACGUUUUAGAGGCAGCUGGAAUUCAUGUUCCCUCUGGAGGCAUUGGCCAAUCCAGUCAAAGCGGUAGCGUGAACUUGCAUUGGGUCGGUCUUUGAAGGCACCCCUUUCGCAUUCAGGUGCCUUCGCUGUGGUCCAACUUGAAAAUGCCGAUUUGUCUCUGUUUUGUAUUAUACGUCUCCUGCCUUCGAGAGAGAGAAAAAUACCUAUGGCAUCGCAAAACGUGUGCCCUGUUGAUACCUGUCACCAUAUUUUACGAGACGAAAGGAAGAGAGAUAAAGAAAAACAAAGUAUAUUUGAGAGAUGAUUUUUUUAUAAACGACAGAGCUACUUUAUAUAUAUAAAUAUAUUAUAUGUAUACUAUAAACCUCUCUGUACGCCAGUCGCAUUGUUCUCCUUAACUGAUUUUUUUUUCGACUCGCCCAUCCUGUUUAUUUACCUGUGUACGAGAGAGACAAGAUUCCAAAUAAAGACUACUUGUAGAUAGCCACAA